AAUAGUUUUACUUACACAUUGCUGUGUCCUCAAAUGCCAAUUAGUGAUCAAUUAGCAAAACUCCAUUCAGUAAAUGAAAUUUAGUCAGAAACAAGUUUGUGCUGUUGUGAUGAAUAUUUAAAGUCUGUUUCAAGUUUGUUUCACAAAACCAUAUAAAUUUAAUAAAUAGUCAUGUCGGAUCCCGGAAUACUCUGCAUCCAGCAUUGUAAUGCAAGAAUAUUUUCAUUCACACUUCCUGAGAAGUGUCCGCUUUGUCAUAACAAAAUUCUUAAUGAGAGAAACAAUUUCGGCCUCAUGCCAUUUCGAUUACCAUAUCCAUUUGUUAGAGCCACCCAAGCACAAGCUGCUGUGAUUCUCCGACCAACUAAUGGAGACUUUUUAAAUGACUACAAUAAUAACACCGACCUUCAUAUUGCUGUAACAACAUCACAGGGUGUCAUUGUAGAAUUUGAUAGACACGGGCUGAGACAGCAUGAAUCACAUGAUGAAAAUAGCUCAUGGGAACAAAGUCUUGUGGUUACAAAUGUAUCUGAAGCAUGGUGGGAUUAUUGGGACGAAAUUCUUUCAAAAAUAUGCAAACUUACAAAGUGGUCGGCAGCAUCGUAUAAAAAGGAUUCACAUAAUUGCUAUUCAUUCGUACUGACAUUCCUACAGUCUAUCAAUCAUGGAGAAUUAAGUCGUGUAGCUUGUAACAGAACACUUUUUUGUGAACGCUUCAUAUGUCCCAGGACAGUUGUAGCUGGAAAAUAUAUUAGCCUUUAUCGGAAGAUACGCGACCAGGGGCAUUCCAUUCAUCCAUUGCAAAACGAAAAAACAACAUUAAAUAAAAAAGCGGAUAGCAGCACAAUGGCUAACAGUACCACGCUUUUGAAGCAAUAAAUUGGAAUUCAUCGCCAGCAAGUAUCGAUGUUCACUUUUUUUCUGUUAAAAUAUGUGAAGCAACAUGAGCGUAAAAAGGGCUUCUUUAUAAAUAAAGC